AUGGCGACGGCCAGUCACAGUAAACUGUCCAUUUCGUUUUUCUUGUGUAUAUUGUAUGUAUCAAUCGAAAAUACUUGUACCCUUCCUCUUGUCAUCAAUACCUGGAACUUUAACAACGCUACAAACAAAGCAUGGACAGUAUUGAAGCAGACAGGAACCACAGCAAUGGAUGCCCUAGUGGCAGGAUGUACUGAAUGUGAACGACAGCAGUGUGAUGGUACCGUGGGGUUCGGAGGAAGUCCCGAUGAAUCUGGGGAAACCACUCUUGAUGCCAUGGUUAUGGAUGGUCGAACGUCUGAUGUAGGAGCUGUGGGAGACUUGCGGCAAGUAAAAAAUGUGAUUGGUGUAGCACGGGCAGUGAUGGAAUUUACACAACAUACUAUACUGGUAGGAAAAUCAGCUACCAAGUUUGCAGUAGAGAUGGGUUUUACCAGUGAGAGUCUGGCCACAAACAGAUCUGUAGGAAUUUAUAAAGAUUGGAAAAAUAAUAGUUGUCAACCUAAUUAUAGAGAGAAUGUUAGCCCAGAUCCGAAAAAAUAUUGUGGACCCUACAAACCUGAUAAAAAAUAUUUUAAAAUCCAAAAUAGUCGUAGAGAUAAAUUAAUAGGUAGAAAAAACCAUGACACGAUUGGAAUGUUAGUGGUAGACUCAGACCACAAUAUUGUUGGUGGAACGUCAACGAAUGGUGCUAAUCAUAAAGUUCCAGGGAGAGUAGGCGACUCCCCUAUUGUAGGAGCUGGGGCUUACGCUAGAAAUAAUGUGGGCGGGGCUGCAGCAACUGGAGACGGUGAUAUCAUGAUGAGAUUUCUACCCAGUUUCCAUGCAGUCAUGUUACUAGAAAUGGGGUAUACAGUAGAGGAAGCAGCUAGCAGAUCAUUAAAACCUAUUAUAAAAUACUAUCCUGAUUUUACUGGCGCUGUCAUCGUAGCCAAUGUCAAUGGUUCUUAUGGAGCAGCGUGUCACGGCUUGUCCAAUGGAUUCCCCUACUCCGUCAGGACAUCGGACAUGAAAGAAGCUACAAUUAUAACUGUGCCUUGUAUUUGAUCAGUUGCUGCAUUAUAGAUCUGGAUCAAAGCAAGUGCAGAGUGAGCAGUUUUGGGACUUUGGACUAAUGAGUUUCCUAUGUGUAUAUAUAUAUAUAUAUAUAUAUAUCCUAUACUCAAUUUUUUCAUCGGAUUAAGGGUAUUCUACGUUAUGUUUUUGUAUUCAAAAAGUGGCUCGCACCACAACGAUUCCGUUGAUCGAACUACUCAGUCCGCCUCUGGGUCAAAGAAUUUCAGAUUUCAAACAUCGUACAAGUAUUUUACGAUGAGGAUCAGGGACCAAACGUCUUUCUAAUGUUUUGUCUAUAUUAUGAUAUUAUAAUUUUUGAGAUAUGUUCAUUGUUUUACAGAUUAAAAUUAAGUAAAAUAAAAGUUAUUGUCUUUUUAGACCAUUAUUUCGGUUUAGAUUGUUUUACUGUAUUGGACUAGUAAUUUAUGUAUCUUAUUGGAUUAGACGGAUAUGUAAAUUUUUUGAAUAUUUUUUGUUCAUAUAAAUGGCAAUAAAUUUUAUAUUU